AUGGAAAGAAGAUCAUGGUUCUGGUUUGGUGGUCUGCAGCCGUUCCUCCACAGCUUCAUAGAUCCGGGUGAAACCGUAGCAGCCGAAAAGUACCAAAAAGUACAAGAAAUUGACGGAAUGCAUCGAAAACUCCAGCUCAUGAGCCCGGCACUGGUGAAUAGGGAGAGGCCAAUUCUACUCCGCUACAACGCUCGGCCCCACGUCGCACAACUUACCCUGAGGAAAUUGAUGAAGCUAGGCUAUGAAACUCUCCCGCAUCCACAAUAUUCCCCAGACCUUGCUCCCACAGACCAUUUCUUAAAACAUUUCGACGGUUUUUUCAAGGGGGAAUGCUUCAAAUCCCAACGCGAUGCUGCCGUGGCAUUCGACGAUUUCGUCUCCUCUAGAUCUCCGGACUUCUACGUGAAUGGGAUAACCAAACUUGUUUCUCGUUGGCAAAAGUGUGUAUAA